AUUUUGUUUUUGUCGGUAGAUUCGCGAAGUUUUUCUGCCUAGGCGAAUCUGCCGUGCGCAAACUCCAGGCAUGCGAUUGCGGUUUGAGCGUUUGAGACAUGGCUGAUGAUUUGGGAGACGAGUGGUGGACCCAGGGCGACAAUUCAGGUGUGUCAGAGGUAGAGGAGGACACACAGCCACUUGCAGAAGAACAACCAAAGAAAUCUCCAGCAAAGAAAAGGAAGGGUGAAAAACAGGUUCAAGACAACACCAAGAAAAAGAAGAGGAAGAAAACGGAAAAGAAAGAAUGUUUCAUCACACAGGAGAGAUCAGAGGAAAAAGGCGAUAAGGAGUCCAACAAAAACAAGAAGAGAAGAAAGAGGAAGAAAACUAUCACAGAUGUGCUGACGAGCUCCGAGCCUGUGCCAGGCUCUCCAGCUGACCUUGUGAGCCUUUUGAAGAGUCACCACAGCCAGACCCGCUCUGUUAUUGAGCAGGAGGAACUGAUGCUAAGCGAGUCUUGUUUCCUCAGCUCUAAUGACCUUACACAUAGCUUGUCUUCCUACCUCAAAGAAGUUUGUCCAAAGUGGGCCAAAAUACAGAAGCAGCACACCCAGACCCGGUCAGUGGUGUUGCUGAUCGUUUGCGGAUCUGCUCUAAGGACGAUUGAUCUCAUUAAGCAGCUGAUAGCAUUCAAAGGACAAGCUAAAGUGCUAAAGCUUUUCGCAAAACACAUCAAGGUGGAUGAACAGAUAAAAUUACUGAGUAAAGGUGUGACCCAUAUUGCUGUUGGAACUCCUGGGAGAAUUUGUGCUCUGUUAGAGAAAGAGGGUUUGACUACACAAGGACUAAGAUAUCUGGUUCUGGACUGGAAUUACAGAGACCAGAAGCACAGGAGAAUGGUGGAUAUACCAGAGGUGAAAGGAGACUUGCUGAAAAUGAUGGACCAUGGUCUUAUUCAGAGCUGCAGGCAAGGAACAGUUAAAAUAGGACUCUUUUAAACUGAUACUCUGUUCUCUGUUACUUACACAUUCAUGUUCAUUUACUUGUUCAACGUGUAAUAGAGCUAUUGCAAAUGUAUUGUAGUGCCAUAUGUCUGCUGCAAGAGAAAAAUAUUGUGUGUGAAUGUUUUUAUGAUUAUAAAUAAAACAAUCUGAUUGGCCAAAAA